GGUAUAUAUAAACAGUGCCAGGAGAGCCCUACAUCACAUCCACGGCUAGGAAUCAGCUGGCAAGCUCGGUGAGUCUCUCUCUUAUAACCCCUCUCUUUAGAGAAAUGUUGCGCCAAAACCUGUCCUCCAGUGACUGCAAUAACCGGUACAUGGUGCUGCCCCUGGAAAUGUCGCAGAAAACUUCCACAGGUCCAAAACACAGUGGCUGGAGUCAGGGGUGGAGGAAGGGGGUUAUGGUGGGGACGUACCGCCCUGGGUGUCUUCACUGAGGGGGGUGACAUUUGGCAGUUGCGGGUGGGCAGCACGCCAAAUGUCCGCCAUCGGUGACUCGUUCCGCCCCUGGUUGCAGGGCACGCGUGCCGCUCCAUGCACCAGAGUGGCUAUCCUGCGCCUGGGAGGGCACCCUCCGUGCCCUGCCCCCCUUGGGUGCGUGCCCGCCCUGGGCAGCGGGGUAAAAUGUUCCGCCGCUGGCUGGGGUUGCCUUUAGAUGUCACAUAAAGUCUGUUCUAAAAGCGUUGGAUUGGCUACUGGUCUGUUUCUGGGCCCAAUUCAGGGUCCGCCCAUUUGUGUUUAAAAUCCUAAACGACUUAGGCGCCAAAUAUCUGAAAGGCCCUCUUCCUCCAUAAAGGACUCCCCCCCCCAUGAUAAAAUGAGCAGAGGUGACCCUUUUGGUAGCUCCCCCUCCCUCAGAAGUUUGCGGUGGUGGUACUCCAGGAGAGGGCCUUCUCUGUGGCAGCCCCUAAAGUUGUGGAAUUCCCGCCUCACAGAGGUGGAUCUGGCUUUUCGCUUCCUGGUAAGCCUUCAACCUAUCUAAGUUUUGGCAAUAUGUUUUUAAGUGGCCGAAAGGGGACUUUGGCAAACCCAGCCACCAUUGAACCAAAUGUGUUUUGACUAUAUGUAAUUUUGGCUUUAGGCGCAAUCCCCGGAACGUAACCCCUGUGUAAAUUGCAGGCUUACUGUACAACUUUACAGCUUUCUUCACCUGGCCUUUGACACCCAAGGUGUGUGUUUUCUGGUUCCACCUGUUCCUGUGCCUGUAAUCUGAUUUAACUGUUUUUAAAAUCUUAAAUGGUUGUAACUUGGUGGUAAAGGGCGAGUUAUAAAUGUGGUGGCAAUUAUGAUGUUGAUAAUAAUAAUAAUAAUAGUUUCUCAAAUGUUUCCUUGCCAAACAAAAGAGGCCUCUGCUUUUCUGCCUCAUUUGCAGAGUCCUUUAGGAUGCCUUUAUAAUUUCGGAGAGUUAGGUGAUGAUUUUACCUAACCUAGAGUUCUGUGAGAGGGACCAGGGGUCUGGGCAUGUUCCUCUAGGGCCCUGCAGCCUCCACAGCUGUUCGUACAACAACAUCUGGGUGUGGACAGCCUGCAAGGUAUUCCUGUGGAACAUGACUGAAACACAGGAACAAGGAGAGACUUCCAGCCUUAACAAUCUACAAUUGCCAUGGUUCUUUCUUUGCAAGGGGCGAUGGGCAGGAAGCCAUGACUGUUCUCAGUGUUAUCAUAGUAUUUUCAAUGUAUAGUCUUUUGGAGAACUGAGAAACCAAAACGGACAUAUUCAUACAUCCUUAUCUGCUGCUGGUGGCUGAACUGGAAUAUCUUGCUGGCUUGCGGCUUCCUAAAUUCUUAAUAGCUUUAGUGGCCAAAAAGGCCCAUGAUUAUGAACACGUUUCUGUUGAGAUGUGUCCAAGGGAACGGGGGCAAUUGGCAGGCCCCCAGCUGGCUCCAACCCGCCAGCCGGUUGCUGGUCAAACUCCAGUCCUUGGUUCUGCAUCAAACUGUGACUCAGGGCUUCAGAAGCCUUUCAGAAGCUGAGCACGCAAGCCAGCAGAGUAAAAAAACUCUUCGCAACAGAAGGGCAGAAAGAGGCUGUGUAAAGCAUAUUCACAGCAGUUUAUUUAGCAUACAUCAGGACAAAGAAAAACAUGUCUGCUCUCCUUGCAUGUCCAAAGCAAGAAGUAUAAGCAAAAGCUAUACACAAACGGAAGUUCCCAGCAAGCUGUGCUGGAAUGUAAACAGGCAUGUGGCACACAACAGUCAUGCCUGUUCCUCUUAAGGUGGAACGGAAUAUCUUAACAGUUUCAUGCCUCUUCCAGGUCAGCAGAGAUUGCAGAGAAUGGCAACCCAUCCUCCGAGUACCCACCAACACCCCCCGGUUACCCAUCCCAAGGCUCCGAGUACAUCGGAUAGUUUGCCUCACUGCACUCUGGAGUUGGCGCUCGAGAUCAUUGUGAACAUCUACCAUCAAUUCGCUCCUCGGGAAGGCAAGGAUGACUUCUUGAGCCUCAAGGACAUGACGGAGCUUCUCAAGAGCCAAGCUCCCACUUUCCUGGCUGCCUGUGUGAGUGAAGCCAAAGGAAAUGGUGGUGGUGGUGGUGCAAAUGUGUUUGCAAAAAAUCGGGAGUCAGGUUGUUGUUGUUGUUUAGUCGUGUCCAACUCUUUGUGACCCCAUGGACCAGAGCACACCAGGCACUCCUGUCUUCCACUGCCUCCCGCAGUUUGGUCAAACUCAUGCUGGUAGCUUCGAGAACACUGUCCCACCAUCUCGUCCUCUGUCGUCCCCUUCUCCUUGUGCCCUCCAUCUUUCCCAACAUCAGGGUCUUUUCCAGGGAGUCUUCUCUUCUCAUGAGGUGGCCAAAGUAUUGGAGCCUCAGCUUCAGGAUCUGUCCUUCCAGUGAGCACUCAGGGCUGAUUUCCUUAAGAAUGGAGAGGUUUGAUCUUCUUGCAGUCCAUGGGACUCUCAAGAGUCUCAUCCAGCACCAUAAUUCAAAAGCAUCAAUUCUUUGGCGAUCAGCCUUCUUUAUGGUCCAGCUCUCACUUCCAUACAUCACUACUGGGAAAACCAUAGCUUUAACUAUACGUAUGGACCUUUGUUGGCCAGGUGAUGUCUCUGCUUUUUAAGAUGCUAGAUUUCUUGUAAUGUUGGGGCCAUCCGGAUGACCUGUUUGCCAAGAGUUCAUCCUGAUUUGCUUGCACAAAGGUGAUGCAGAGGUUAGAUGAGACCUGGUCUUUACUGAGUUCCCCAAGAAAAGGGAUGGACUGUUAAACCACCCUGGGAACUGUAGUGCUGUGAGGGGAAAAGAGGGUCCCCUAGCAACUCUCAGCACCUUUAACCAAACUGUGGUCCCCAAGGAACUAUUGGGGGCCCACUUCAAAUCCCUGAUUCUUCCUUUGAAGCCUUCCCUGCCACACCAACGCCCCACAUUAUGUAUGAUUUUAGUUGCAGGGCUGCUGGGCAUAGCUUCCCUCAAAAGGCCAUGUGGGGCCAAAUGGGGAGGCCUGGCGGGUGAGCUUUUAGUAUGCACCUACAUCCCUCCUGCAAUUCUAGAUAUAGGUAGGUAGCUGUGUUGGUCUGCCGUAGCUGAAAUAAAAUUAAAAAAAUCCUUCCAGUAGCACCUUAGAGAAGUUUGUUAUUGGUAUGAGCUUUCAUGUGUAUGCACACUUCUUCAGAUACAGUGGUACCUCAGGUUAAGAACUUAAUUUGUUCUGGAGGUCCGUUCUUAACCUGAAACUGUUCUUAACCUGAGGUACCACUUUAGCUAAAGGGGCCUCCCGCUGCCGCCGCACGAUUUCUGUUCUCAUCCUGAAGCAAAGUUAUUAACCCGAGGUACUAUUUCUGGGUUAGCGGUGUCUGUUACCUGAAACAUCUGUAACCUGAGGUACCACUGUACACUGAAACAGAAGUCACCAGACCCUUAUAUAUAGUGAGAGGGUGGGGAGGGGUAUUACUCAGAAGGGUGGUGGGAAUGGGACUUAUUACCAAACUCAAAACCAUGGAGAGACCUGGUCUGAAUAGAGGCACUGGAUUCUUAUCUCAUUAUACAUGAUAAAGCUAUUUUUGGCCAUCUCACCCCUUGCUUUUUCCUGUAAGACCAAUUGCAGUCGUUAACAGUCGUCAACUGAUUUACCAAACCUAUCAGCCAAUCACCCAUUCCCAACACCCUUCUGAGUAAUACCCCUCACCACCCUCUCACUAUAUAUACUGGUCUAGUGACUUCUGUUUCAGUGUCUCUGAAGAAGUGUGCAUGCACACAAAAUCUCAUACCAAUAACAAACUUACGUUGGUCUCUAAGGUGCUACUGGAAGGAUUUUAUUUUAUUUUAUCCCUCCUGCAAAAUACUGACAGGACUAAUCAGGACUAAUCCUCCAGUAUACCUGAAGGAGGGUCUCCACCCCCAUCGUUCAGCCCAGCACUGAGGUCCAGCGCCAAGGGCCUUCUGGUGGUUCCCUCACUGCAAGAAGCCAAGUUACAGGGAACCGGGCAGAGGGCCUUCUUGGUAGUGGCACCCUCCCUGUGGAACUCUCUCUCUCAGACGUCAAGGAGAUAAAUAACUACACGACUUUGAGAAGAAAUCUGAAGGCAGCCCUGUUUAGGGAAGUUUUUAAUAUUUGAUAUUUUAUCACUUUCUAUUACUAUUAAUAUUUUGUUGGGAGCCGCCCAGAGUGGCUGGGAAAACCCAGCCAGAUGGGAGGGGUAUAAAAAUAAAUUAUUAUUAUUAUUAUUUACAAUGGUCAGUUAAAACGUUAAAAAUAUGUUAUAAAAAUGUGACACCAGAGGGAGCUGUAGAACAGCAAUCUGUCGUCAAUGGAUAUAGCCUUGAGAGCUAUAUCAUGGUUUUUAUUUUAUUUAUGGAUGAUGGAAAUUGUAGUCCAGCCAUAUCUGGUCCCGUAAGGUCAAAGAAUAAGGCAGAUCAUGAUGUUUUCAGAGGAGCAUUUGCCAACCAAAGUUUCAUCUAGUUCUCCCCAUCUUCCCUUACAGAACAGAAACCGCCCAAACUACAUGAAAGAGCUCUUCAAAAAGGCAGAUGUUGACAAGACCGGACAACUGACUUUUGAGGAGUUCACCAAAGUGUUUGCUCUCCUGGCAGACGAUACCCAUCGCCUGAGUCACGGCGAGGACCGAUGUGGCCCAGACCACGAUUGAGCUCCCCCCAUAAAUUGGUACUGCCU